AUGCCUCGUUAUGAGUGUUAUACGCCCCUGAAAGGCAUCCCCGAUACAGUUAGCUGGAAGGCUACAUUCAAGAAAGAAGAACAAACAACAACAAUGGAUCUCAUGGUGGAAACAAAGGGAAUACCUUUUGUAGAUCAGAUAGUUUACAAUAGGUUGACUUCAUCCCAACAGGACGUUUCUUCCUAUCUUACAUGUGGUACUGUGGAGAUGGUUGUUAAAAAGAGUAAGCUCAAGCUCAAAAAGCGACAUGAUAAUAACACCUUAGACCCUCCAACAACAAACUACAUUUUUAAAACCUUGAUUUCCUCCCUUGAAUCUCACGAGGGUAUCAAGUCACAACUCUUGAAAAGCACAUAUUAUUUGCUCGUUCAAUUAUCUUCAAAGCAACAACUUUCUGUAGGCAAAGGAGGUGAUCAAAAUGAGUUGUUCAUGAAAACCAAUGAGGGUGAAGUUAGGUUGAGUUUAAGGGAUUUAUGUACACUCUCCAAUACCCUCUUUAAGGAUCUUGAAAAGAGGUUGAAGCAGUUGCAUGAUGUAUCUCUUCAACUGGAAGAAGUAAAUCUACUGAUAAGAUGUUGUGUGGUAACCUUGACAAUGGCAUUUCAUCUACCCCAAAAACAUUUUUUGGAAAGCGGAAGAGCUUUUCUUCUGAUAUUCAAAAAGUUAAGUUUACUUCAAGUAGCAGAUAUGAAGAAUUCACAUUCUUCUUGUCAAUGCAUGUGUAUUGGUGAGAAUUCUUCUGAUUCCUUUGCUGAGGUUGCAUCUUUACACCUCUUUCAUCCCUGCAUUCCUUCUAUCACGACAAUCCUUGAGGUAUUUAUAGACGAGCUUCUGGUGCAUGGGCGUGUGAGAAAGUAUUUGCACUUGAUUCAUUCUUUGUCUCCUACUAACCAAUGUUUAUUUAAGCAUGGUCCUAAUUCUGCUGACUUUGGAAUACUGAUGGAGAUGAUAUAUUCUCAUUUUUCAUUAUCAAUAUCCAAAGAAGGGUAUCUUGAGGAAUUUCUUAAUAAAAUAACGUGGGCCCAUUCUGAUUAUUGUCACAAGUCAUUGGAACUAAGCAUCACUGCAGCCAAAAUUUUGCUGCAAAAUCCGGUUUUCCUUUCUUCACCAAACUUAUUGCAGGCCCAUAUCGUUUCAUUGGUUUCCAAUGUAAUUAAUCUUGACAUAAUUACCGAAAUGCCCUCGCGACCUAUCCAUCACUACCUUCCGUUAUUCGAAAGCUCUGUUACCAUGUACACACAACACAUGUCCAAAUUGAAAACCGAGAACCAUUCAGCUAACAAUAGUGGUAUUUCGGUCAUUUUACACACGGAAAGCUCUCGGCCUUCUUUCGAAUCGUGUAUCGAGCCUGAGAAAAGGGCGAAACUCGAUGAAAAGAUAACUGCAUUGAAUUGCUCAUGGAACUUAAAUCUACGAAGAGAGUUUUACAAGAAAAAACUCGACCUCUUAGGUUCCUGUAUGGAGUAUAUUGACGAAACUGCCCCUCAUGUACUUGACAUAGCAUGCCGAGAUGAGGUUAUAUCUUUCUUAAAAUGCAUGUUAAAGAGAGCAGCUAAUGAUGAUAACGACAUCCAACUUCCUCUCAACGGUGAUGCCAAUCUGCAAGAUAUUUGUCUUCUAGCAUCUUUAUUGAUGCUAAUGAGCAAUUCAUUGAUUCAAUCUAUUUGGUGUCUAAAAAACCAACAGCAUCAGCAUCAGCAUCCCAUGGAGUAUGAUUUUAUUUUGGGCAUCAUCAAAUGUUUCAAAGAAUUUAGUAUCCGUCUUCCCAUCCAAAAAUUCUCCUACAACGUUAUGGAAAGCUGUAACGAAUCAAGGCUGAUGCUUAUACAUUUUUUGGGAUUGCUAUCGUUAGGCUUUGAUAGCGGGCUUGAUUUUUUAGUCAAGAGUUGCAUUUCAGUGAUAAUGGCUUUGACUAAUUUAUUUGUUUUUGAAGAGGGUAAUAUCGAUGCCUUAAAGAUAUUAGCUGAUCCCAGAUGUUUAUCAUCACAAACAGAAACAUCUCUUACCAUUUAUGACAAGCCUCUGGUAGUGGCAGCCAAGUUUCAGAAGAUAAGGGCACUGUAUGUGAGCAGCAGUGCUUAUGCCUCAAAUGACUCCACACUAACACAAGGUUUGGAUCCAGAUAGCAUAGAAGAAACUUGCAGUGGGGAGAUGUACCUCAAGACCCGAUUAUUAGGGUCAGGUAAUGUGACUGAUUUUGAUGAUUUAGCUGACUUUGUUGAGUGCAAAAAGGGAAAGGAUUAUGUUGGUUGGUUAAAAGAUCGAGAUAAAUUUAGAAAACGGAAAAUAAGCAAAAGAGUGAAACGUAUGUGGGAUAAAAAGAAGCAAGCAUGGAGAUCUAUGAGGGGGAAGGCUUAGAUACAUUUCAUUCGAAAACUCUUGUUUUCAAAGAUGUAUAGAAAAUGAUUGUAGGACAAUUUUUGUAGCCCUUUCAUUUUGUAAAGUUAUUUUGGGGUGACCAGUUAUUGCUUAUGUGGA